CUUCGACAGACCAAGUGCAUUACUGAGACCGAAUGAAGUUCGGCAAGCGCGUGCGCAGCCUCGCGUCGCCGGAGUGGGCUGCCGACUACGUGGACUACAAAGCGCUCAAGCGGGAGAUCAAGCUGGCCUUUGAGGGUCGUGAUGGCAGCGCGGGCGUUGACAAGCAAGUGACCUGGUUCCAGUCGGUCCUCGAGUCCGAGAUGCAGAAGCUCAAUGCUGCACACGCGCGGAUCCUGGACGAACUCGUGAACCGCGAGCUGAAGCCGCUGCAGCAGGCGCUGGGGACGCGGUGGGUGCUCCCUCACGCCACCGCGCGCUCGCUGUUGCUUGAUGUGCUCAAGCUUUCGCACCAGGUGGACGCCUUCCGGCGCUUCGUGGUGCUCAACAGCUUGGCGCUCGUCAAGAUCACCAAGAAGUUCGACAAGGCGGCGAACGCUGGCGGCGCUGAGGCUGACGAGGACUCGGACGAUACGACCUCCCGACUCAAAGCUCAAGUGUUGGAAGACCUCAAGUCCCAGCCGUUCUACGACGCAGCGACGCUGGAUGCGUUGUGCGACGACACGGCGGCUCUGACGGACCGUGUGAUGCUGUGCGUGCUGCCCGACGGCAACUUUCGACUCGGACCCAGAGCGAUGACUUGCCCCAUUUGCCUCUGUUCCGAAGUCCAAGCCCCCAUUACGCUGUCGUGCGCGCACACCUUCUGCUGGUCGUGUCUGUCACGCGCAGCUCAGCACCGCUUCCGGUCGUGCCCGCUUUGCCGACGCGCGCAGUCUGUGGACCCGCGCGACUACGAAAUCGACGGCUUGGUCAAGCGCUUCAAGCGCGCGUAUGAGUUCGUGGAGCAGGCGCUGGAUGUAGCUCCACUGGUUGCGAGCCCGAUGCGCCAGAUCCUCGCGGAGGCAUUUGAAGUGGGCAACGCGUACCUUCGCGAGGUCGAAGACCAGUACGCAGCACUUGCUCCGCUAGCUUCGGCUACGUUUGAUGAUCCGCAAACCCUCGCAGCUUCUGUCAACGACUUGAAGGCUGACGUCGAGGCAAAGACUAGUGACGAAAGCACUGAAGAGGGCGAGGCGGAGCCUCUUGUCGUCUUUGAGAAGGGCGACAUCGUCGAGAUCCUGUAUGGCGCGCAAUGGUAUGCUGGUGUGGUGCUACAGCGCAAUGAGGACACCGGCGCUGGCGAGACGUAUUCGGUGUUGUGGUGGGUGAAGGACAAGUCGCAGCGCUUCGGUCAGCGCACGCCACGCCACCUUCUCCGCAAGCCGCAAGAAGUUCCCGUUCCACCAGCGCUAUACGAAUACGCGGCAGAAGCAUGGCGAACUGCAGCGAGCUGGGCGCUGGAGCCUUUUCGACGACUACGGUCACGAUCCGAAGGAGGGGAUGGCAACAGCGCAAGUAGGACUCUUGCGCGCCAACAGACUCGAUAG